ACCUGAGCAUUUCUGCUUGUUGAGGAGCAGAUGUGAACUCCACAGAUCUGAGCUUGCUGAUUCUUGGAUGACCCUGUUGAUCUCUGUAGCACGUGCUGAUUGGCCGGUGUUGGUGAAUGGCUCGGCGCAGUUCAGGUGGACGCGGGCGUGGAGGCAGCUGGCUCACAGCCUGCUUUUUUCCAUCAUCCUCAGGGAAAGAGCAUGGAGAAGCCCUGGGUGCAGAGGACUGUAUGUGUGUGUAUGCAGUGACGGCGGACUAUCAGCGGCAGGAGAACACAGAGAUCAGCCUGAAAGCAGGAGAAAGAGUGGAGGUGAUUGAAAAGAGUGAGAGCGGGUGGUGGUUUGUAAGAACAGCUGAAGAACAAGGCUGGGUUCCUGCAACAUAUCUAGUCUCUCUCACGGGACGUCGAGAUAGUCAUCGAGCACCGAACGGAGAGACAGAGUGGUAUAUUACAGUGCAGCCGUUCAGCAGCUCGAGUCAAGAUGAGCUGGGCUUCGAGAGUGGCGUCAUUGUUGAGGUCAUACAGAGGAAUCUGGAGGGCUGGUGGUUCAUACGUUAUGGCGGUAAGGAAGGAUGGGCUCCUGCUGCCUACCUGAAGAAAAUCCAAGAUGGCGUCACAGCCAGUAACCAGUCAGCAGAGUCAAAUAAAGCAUCUGUUCAGGGCCAGGUGGAAAUCAUCGGAAACCUGAUGGAGAUCAGCAACCUCCUGAACAAGAAACCAGCUAAUGAACGCUAUUCACACACACAAACUGACAGCCAGUCAGCAAACACAUACAGACACUCACAGACGGACUCGUACACUCAUUACAGCGGUGAUGAAGAUCAGACAGAGGUCAACACUGAGAGAGACUCUGAGGAUCAGAUCAAGCCACACAUGGACACCAGUGUCUCAGACAGCAGCGGGUCUGUGUCUGUAUCCGUGUCGGACACUUGUGUUUCUGCAUCUGCGACUGAACUCUGUGUUUCUUCAACUGUGUCCUCAUUCAAGACCAAAACUGUCCCUGCGUCCCCUGCUAUUGCAAGAGUCGCCCCGCAGAGAUUCCACAGCGUUGAGAACAAACCACCAUCAAACAAUCUAAAACCGCCUCCCCGUCGUGAAAACAGCCUGGGGUUUCAGCUGCCUCAGCCGCCGGAUCCCCCUACUGUUGAAGCGGAGUAUUACACCAUCGCGGAGUUCCGCUCCUGCCUGACCGACGGCAUCAGCUUCAGCGGAGGACAGAGAGCAGACGUCAUUGAAAAGAACUCUGGAGGCUGGUGGUAUGUCCAGAUUGGAGAGAAGGAGGGUUGGGCCCCGUGUUCAUAUAUAGACAAACGCAAGAAGCCCACCUUGAACCGUCAAACCAGCACAUUGACCCGGCCCAAGGUCCCGCCUCCUGCUCCCCCAAUCAAAAAGCAGAACUCGCUUCCAUGUGUUGAGUCUGAAAUCAUGACCACAACAUAUCCUCGAGUGUAUGAGGAGCCAGAAUAUGACGUCCCAACAAUAGGCCUUGAGUUUGACCCUGAUCUGGACUUUUUCCCAAGCGAUUCACCGACUAAAGCAACUCCACCUUUGUGUCAGCGUACAGUUUCCUUUACACUGGGCGAUGAAGAGGAUGAUGAGGGUGUAUAUGCCAAUGGUGGCUUCAGAGCUGUACCUCAUUGUAAGGACGGCCACUCUCCCUCUUUGGCUCACCGGGCAUCUAUGUGGGAUCCACCAGAGUAUGACGCCCCAACAAUUGAACCCAGUUUUGAAAUCAAUUCAACUCUCUACGCACAAUCUAACCAAUCUAAACUCAAACAGCAGGCUGACGAGUCAAAAUCCAAACCAUCCGUACGUCCGAAACCCACAAACCAAGACUGUAGUUCUCUCAGAAAACCUCGAAACCAGGAACAACCAAGUCACAUGCAAUUCAGGACCUCCCGAACAUCAGAGGAGUCGGAGACUGGUUCGUCGGAUGACUUCCAGAACUGCUUGUCAGAUUCGUCUUCAAUCCUGUACCGAACUACAGCAGCAUACCAGCAAGAAGAGCCGUGUGAGCUAAGCUUUCCAGCAGGAGUGCAGGUGGAGGUUGUGGAGAAGAAGGAGAGUGGGUGGUGGUUUGUCCGCUGGGGGAAUGAGGAGGGCUGGGCUCCCACUUACUACCUACAGCCAAUCAAAAGCGGCUGUGAAACAAGCAGCCCAGAAGCCAAAACCACAGAGAAGAUCAAUUCAGAGUUAUCUUGGUCUGCUUCUCCAGAGUUGGAGAUUUCGGUGCAGGUAGAUGUUGGGAAAUUGGGUAAAUCUGUAAGUCUGGAGAAAAAUGAGCAGCGUGUAAACCAAAGCUUGAAGGGUGGACUUCGAUCUAACUCACGGGUCGGAGUGAAGCAGCUUGCCGUCAGGCCUCAGAACGUCCUUAAGGACAACACUAAUGCACAGGCAGCCCCCGCGGGACGGAGGAACGACACACUACCUAGUCAUUCUUCACUCCUUAGCUACAACGACCAAAGCUCUUCUUCUCAUGCAGGUAAUACUGAGAGCAUGAGGCGGAAGGUACCGGUCUCAAUGGUGAAGCCCAAACCUCAUUUGAUCCACAACAACUUGCGUGAGGAGUACGUUUCUAUUGCCGAUUAUCGAGGUGAUGUGGAGACCAUGAGCUUUCCUGCUGGUACAAGGCUGGAGGUCUUAGAGAGGAACCCUAAUGGAUGGUGGUAUUGCCGUGUGCUCGACACAACUAAAACACGCAAGGGAUGGGUGCCCUCCAACUUCCUAGAGAGGAAGAGUUAGUGCCAUCAGAAACCAAAAAAAAGAUGCUAGAACUAAUUAUCCAACCACAUUCUGCCUUGAGCUUGAUGCCAAUAAAAACAUCAAGAUUCAUGUGGGAUAUCUUGCUUCAAGCUGUCAACGGGAACACAAACGAGGGUUUUCACACUGAGCAAGUUUAUUGCUGUUCAAGUGCAGUAGUUCCUGGUGCCUGCUGCAAUAUCAGUGUGGUUUCACUUUAACUUGGUGCAUUUGCAUCCAUUUGUAUAUCACCGUGAAACAUGCUUGCUGCAUAAUAGGAAACAGAAUGCGGGUGAUUAUUUUGUGUUUUUCAUUGUUGUUAAAUUUAAUUGGUGCUACUUUGUGCAGAAAAAUCUACAACACUUGCAUUUACAACAACACAGCAACUGCGAACAAUUUUAGUUCUAUGAACACUAUUUGGGGGAACUGAAUUAGCUCCUACUUCAGUAUAACAGGAACUACCGGUGACAUAAGUUUGUUGACUGGCCAAAUGCACGGCAUAUGAAACAAUGGCACAACUUUAUUUGUUUUGCAGUGCAGGAUCCCAGCAAACAAUUUUGUGUUUAAUAGAUGUCUAAUAGACAUCUAAACGUAGACAACUUGGCUAAAACAAUGCUAAACUUGG